AUGAGUGAUCCUACGCCACAGCAAAAGGCCAACCUGGCGCGCAUUCGUGACAACCAACGACGAUCGCGCGCCCGUCGCAAGGAAUAUCUGCAAGAGCUCGAGGCAAAGUACCGCUCAUGUGAGGCUGUCGGCGCAGAAGCCUCGCAAGAGAUCCAGGCCGCUGCCCGUAAAGUCCUCGACGAGAACAAACGCCUGCGCCGCCUACUACGACAACAAGGCUUCAGCGAUGCCGACAUUGACGGUCCCGAACACGACGAGUAUGCCUCGUCUCCCUCGGCUGCUGAGAUACUGAACGUCAUGCUGGUCACUCCCAAGAUGUGUCGACCAUCCUCCACCUCGGCCUGUGGCGGUAGCCGCGCAUGCAAGACCGAGGACGACGACGACCAUGACGACGGCGGUAUGGAUAUGGACUCGAGACGACAGAGCACUGUGUCGAAUGCCGCCACUCCAGCGUCACUUGCUGCUAGACAGCAGAAGCAGCUUCGACCCAUCGCUCUGGCUCCUGCGCCUGCACCUGCACCUGCCCUUGCCCCGGCCGUCAACCCUCGGGCCCACGAGCAUCAAGCGCCACCUAAGCAACUCACUAAGCAGCAGCAGCAGCAGCAGCAGCAGCAUAACCAACCACAGUCGGCCCAACAACAGUUCUACAUGUCGGCCCCACCUUCACACACCUCUGCACCGUUGGCACCUCAGCAUAACCUCCACGCGUCACCUGGAACGUUCGUCCAAGACUAUCCCAUCUACGCACCGCAACCUUUUGGCCACUCCGUGCCCCAAUCUCAGCUACUGGACUGGGACAUGGCCGCCGCCGAAGCUAUGCCACAGUCCGGUGGCUACCCGCCUCAAGGACAGUACGCCUCACCCACAUCCAACUUUCAGCAAUCAUACGCAUCGCCUAUAAACUCCAACGCCGCUGCCUACAAUGGUCAAGACAACACAUCCUCUUGCUUUGCUGCUGCAGGUGCAAUUCGCGCUUUGCACGAAGACGCAGGUGAUGAGGUCGAAUCCGCACUUGGCUGCCGCGCUGGCGGCAACGAGUGUCGGGUUGACAACACCAUGGUCUUUGAUCUCAUGGACCAUUAUGCCGGCGUCCGAGCCCAACAAGGUGGUAUGUGA